UUUGAAUAUUAGCAGAGCUGGGACAGAGCUAGUUAGCUUUACCAUGGAGAGACGACUUCAAAGUAUGAGAGUCUCGUACUUAUGGAUCGCCUUUUCGAAACUCGGCGUCGUUGCAUUAUUAAAACCGUCCCCGCAGUUUUAAAGUAAUCGUUUAUCUGGUGUCGGAAUGGGGUUUGGACUGGUUUCCUAAUUCUGAAUAUUGACCCCACUCCUCUUCUCGGCUGAUAUGGAACAGCCCCCUGGCAACUCAGAUGGUUUACAGCCUCAGGAACUCUCUUCUGCCUGCAAUCUACCCAGUGUUUUUAACCUGACAAGGAAUGGUGAAGAGUGUCUGUUGAAAGCCAACUCCAUAGAGGCCUUGCAUGUUGUCCAGCCACCAAGCUGGUAUGUGAGUUCUGGGACCAGCAAUGGGAUGGUGCUCCCAGUGGAUGCCUCCAACCCCCCACCUCAACCCAGUGACCAGAUCCAACCAGACAAUGCAUUUUCCAACACAACCGUUACACUCUCUUAUGUGAGCAAGUCUCAUGUCUUUACUACCCACAACUCGCUCUCGGAGCAGUCCCCGUUUUAUGGGGUUCCGUUAAGCAAGACGUUCUCUUUGCACCCUGCUGCGUACGAUGGGGGCCAGUUGGUCACUGACACGGGUGGAGCUCCACUCUGUGUGGAGAUGGACCAGCAUUGCCUGCAACAGGUCUCUGUACCAGUUGGGUUAGCAGCCUGUGCCAACUCAUUUGAGUUUGUCACACCAGCGCAGGUUGUUGAGAAUGUUGCAGGGCUCUGUUAUCUUCAGCAAGCUCAUGACAUCAGUGGCAUACAGGAUGUUGAAAGCCUUGCUUUGGAAACACUCAAAUCUUUACAGCAGAGCAACCCCAAUGAAUGCAAGAUCCCUCUCAGCCUGGAGCAAAUGCAGAAUGGUGGUGUUACUGGCUUGUGGGAGACAGGAGCCUUUGAUGGAAGUUUUCCUGGUGCACACAUUGUAAACUCUGAGGAUCAGCAAAGGAACGGUAAUCCUGAGUUACUGUUUCUCAUCUCGAGAUCAGAGGAACCGGUUCUUUUACAAAACAACCAGGCACCUGCAAGCCUUGCCGUUUCAUUAAACCAAGACUUUAUUAGUACACUGGAGGAUUCAGUGUCACCCCCUGUUGCCUCACUGGAUGAGGUAAAGGAUGUUUUCAUUCUGCCACAGACUGUAAGCGAGGAAGUAAGUUCAUUUAUUGAAACAAACAACACUAGGCAAGAUGAAUCAAGUCAGGGAGAAUCUAAGAGUGUGGAAGAGACAGAUUCGUCAUCUGUAACUGAUGUUGCAAUAGGAUGCGUUACCAGCAUUAGCAGUCAAGUAACAGGGAAUACUGUUGACACAUGCAAAGCAGAACAGACAGAACAGAGUAGUGAUUUAUCUGAGGUCAAAGAGGAGAGGACAGCAAAGCAUACUCUAACAAAUAGGAAUUUGCAUGUGAGCAGUGGUUUGUUUGCCAAAAAGGAAACCAUUGUAAGAAAAGAACUUCCCCCAAGAACUAGAAGGGGUAAGAGGUUAGAGGCCAUUGUUCAGAAUAUCUGCCCCAUCAGGUACAAAUCCAAUCAUGUCUCUUCCACAAAAAAAUCACAGUGUACAAAUGCUCAGGCAGAUAAGACUGCUGAUCUGGGCUCUGAACAAGAUGUGUCGUUUAACAACAGCAGCCAAGAUAUUCAGGAAGAAGCAUGCGCUGAGGAGGGGGUGACCACACCUAAUGAAAAGCCAGCAGAAUUACAGGAGAAAGAAGAAGAAGAAACAGGUGUCACUGAUUUGAACAGUUCUGAAAGCAAAUUGUCUACCUCAUGUUCUGAAAGUGUUUUGAAACCUUCACCUGGCCGCACAUCCCCAGAGACAUUAUACAAACCAAUAAAAUAUGGCAAGAAAUCAAAGAAACGGCAUAAAGUUUCAAACAAGUCCCACGCAAAGGUAAGAAAUCAGACUGCACUGCCUACGCAGCAGCUGUGUGCAAAAAGAUAUUCGAAGCGGCAGACGUUAAGUAUGAAUAGCAAAGGUUCGCCAAGAGCAAAGAAAGUUCGUGCUCCCAAAAGAAAAAGGAAGAAGCAUAAAUGUGGCCAGAAUUCAAUUUUCUCUCCCCAGGAGCCAGAGAUAAAGCUCAAGUACACAAACUAUAAAGAUGAUAGAAGGGAAAAGCGUGACGAGACCUUCUCACCUUUCGUCCAUGUGGAACUGAAGAUGUAUCCCUCCUGCACGGUUGUCAACUACCCUGAGGAGAGUGAAAGGCUGAACAGGGGAAAGCAGCAGGUACCCUCCAAGUUUUCUUCUGGGGCAGUACCUGCAACACCUUGUCUCCACUAUGGCCGUGUCUCCAUGGAGGCAGUUCAGCUGGGUGCUCUGGUCUGUUGCCUGUGUGGAGAUUCUGCCAAUGCUAUGGACCUGGGGGACUUGCAUGGGCCAUACUAUCCUGAGGGUUUCAGGCCAGUUUCAAAAACGGCAACUAAUUCACAAGAACUGAGAGAGGAAGAUUCCAGUGACACAGACUCCUCUCAUGUUGUUAAUGGUAACACGCAUGCAGCCCUUUCACCACCUAGCUGGACUCGUAAGAAUCACCGCAAGGUACGUGAGGCUGCUGCUCUCGGGACCUAUCAGGGGUGGUCCAGUGAGGGUGAUCUUUCUUGUCGCCAUUCACCUAAGAGAUCCCGGAUGGACACUGUAACAGACUGGUAUAGCCCCCCCAUAGUGCCACUAGAAGCAAGUGAGUACUGGCUCCACGAGGACUGUGGCAUAUGGUCAGCAGGUGUUUUUCUUGUGAGAGGAAAGCUCUAUGGGCUCGAGAAAGCUGUUAAGAUGGCGAAGGAGACGAUUUGUUCCUGUUGUCAGAGAACAGGAGCUACUUUAGGAUGCUUUUUCAAAGGCUGCCCUAACAAGUAUCACUACAAAUGUGCGAUGCAGUCAGGCUGUGUGCUAAAUGAGGAAAACUUCUCAAUGAAAUGCAAAAAGCACAAGAACAAAUCCAUCAAAGGUGUAUCCAAUCAUGAACAGAACAGUAGGUGACGGAGGAAGAUGAUUCUUUGCAAGAACUAGAAUCAUCUCUGCUGCUGGGGAAUGCGCUGCCAUGAAUCUGCCACGCUUGAAGAUUAUGGACAACUUUAAAUGAACAGAAAAGCCUCUCUGGAACGCAGACACCCAUAUACCUUAAUGCUUUCUCCUGCUGUUGCACUGUCGCUAAUUUCACUUUCACCACACCUUUAUCCAGCCACAGAUGAAGGCUAGCCUUGGACUAAAAGCAAUUUUCAAUGGAGAAACACCAUUGGCACCGGGAUUUACUCCAGAACUAGUUAUUCUGACUGGACAAAUUUGCUCUGAAAGUAAUAAAUGGGUUACAGUGUAAAGCAUCAGAAUAAAUUGCACAUUUAUAGGGCUCAAACAAAGCAUAAGACAAAUCUGCUAAACCUAAACCACAGCACAAAGCCAGUGAACUAACGUUAUUUGGAUUACAUGUUUUGUAGUGUAAUUGUCCUGAACUUAUUUAUUAUAUUUGGGGUAAAUUAAAUUCUACGACUUUCAGUUCUCAGAACUGUAAGUCAUCUGUGUACUUACUAAUUUAAAAAGUAAAUGAUUUCUGAAGACUCAGCUCUUUGCUUAAUGGAAUUUCUAAUAGGCUUUGCAAAACGUCUCUUUGAUUAACCGCAGGAAGUCACUUUCAGUAGAUUAAUAGUCAACAUGACACUCUAUAAGUCGGUACUUCAUUUUCCGCAUGUCAGCGCGGCUGCCGGUUGCCCUGUAUAUAAACUGGACGAAGGGCGGGCCCUCUUCAAGAGGACUUUCGCUGAUUUUAUACCGUCUGUAUGAACCAUUUUUGUUUUUUGAGUCGGGAUAGAAGCUAGAGCUCUGUACAUCAGCAUUUAUAUGCGUAAUGGCAUUUGUGUAGGUCAUCCUCAUAGCCUUUCUUGUAUAUUAAUUGUAAAUUAAUUUGUGAAUAUUGUUCUUCCCAAAACUCUGAAACGAGGGGGGAGGGGUAGCCAAAAGCACUUUGGAAGGCGUCUCCUAUAUCAAAGCAUUUAUUCUUCCUGGAAGACGUAAUGUUUGUCUUGAGUUCUGUUCUCCCCAAAGUACUCAAUCCCAGCACUCCUACGAAUAAAACUGGACAGUGCUUCAACAGCAGUCUUAGUAUAGUCGUCUUUGGUACUAUGCAGAAUAUCUAACUUGCUGUGUACCGUCAGAAGGUUCAUAUGAGAUUCUCAGUACCGUAUAGAUUUGGUUCUCACUGGGAUACCCUGUUUGUUUUUGCUGAACAUUUGUGUAUUAUGGAGGUUAAGCAACUAAAAUAACCGAUCAUAAAUUGUAUAAAGAGCACUUUUUCUUUGUUCAACAAUCCUGUCAUUCACAUGUACACUGUUAUAAUGAAAUGUUCUGAAAGAGCUCUGUGCAGCAGUUCCAUAGAAGAACCACUUUUGUUUCCCUAAAGAACCUUUCAGCUUGUUACAGUUAGGGUUCUUUUAAGCCCAUUGAGUUGAAAAAAUAAUUUGGAAGUGGUUCGUCUAUGGUGUCACUGCAAAGUACCCUCUUUGGCACCUUUAGUUUUAGGACAAUAAUGCUUUUGGUUCUGUAUCUGUCUGCUUUAACACUGACGAUGCGUCUGAGACACUGCCUUAUAAUGUGCAGUACUGUUCCUGUGUAUAAUUGAACUGUACGACUAUGUUUUCAGUAUGUUGAAGCGGAAUUCCACACAUCUGCAUUGUGAAAUGAUUAAGGUGUAAACAGUCAGUCAGAGUGAUUUGAGAGUGGAAUGCUCUGUUUUGUCAGAAUUGUUGAAGGUGGUGGUGAUGGGAGCCAGACAUUUGAAACUAUAACAACUUUUAAAGGUGCAUUGUGUAAAAUUAUUACAUGAAAGGGUAAUGAAUAGUUAUAGGGUGCCUGAGGUUUUGGUCUCUACUACUUUUUAAAUACAGUCAUGGUGGAGAGGUGCAUGCAGGUAAAAUAGUCCUUAAAGAAAAUUUUUCUUUACAAAUUUACCACUUUUACACUUUAACAUAUUGUUGCUGUUGGAACAGCAGUUCAUCUCUCCAAAAUAGUAGCUUUACAAGGAGAAGGAAAAGAUUUCUGACAUUCCAAUGGAUGUUGGUGUGAACAUAUUUUUUCCAAAUCGUUUUUGACCAGUAAUGUUGGUCUGUUAGUUUGAACACGAUGCAAAAGUCAGUUUGGAAAAAAGGUCAAUUUUUUUUGUGCAAUAUAAAACUAAAAGGUUCUCGGUUUCCACGUUUCUCACUGGUUUUGAAUAGUAAUCCGACUCCAUAAUAAUCAUCACACCAUUUUAUAUGAAACUACUCUGAAUGACUGCAUCUUAAUGAUUGAACUCUGCAUUUGUUCUGAGGGGUCAGUGGAAAUCUCAGUGCCCUUCCUUUGUUCAUUUGUUGCUGCCUUGCUGAGACAAAUCAAUGGAUAUACAAAGCCUAUUUUGUUGAUGUCUAAAGCGUGUAGGUUUUGUUAAUGGCUUACAUUUAAAAGACUUGUCUAUGAGAAUGUUCUUGACUAUAUUGGGGAAAAAAUCAAGAGUGGACAGGAUUUCUGUCAUUUGUGCUUUUGUAAACCUGUGUCUUAGAAGUGUCCAUAGAUGUGGACAGCAGCUCUGACUCAAACAGUGCCAGUUCCAGUUGGCUGUUGAUGCAGUCGAGCAGUUUGUACUUGGAAGGAAAACCUUAAAGUGUUGAAAAUGUUCCUGAUGUCCGUCUGUCUCACUGCGCUCAUGUGCCAUAUUUCUCCUUCGUCUUUCUGCCGGUGUUGUUGCAAAUAUGAUCUGAUUUAGUGAUGAGUUUCUUCACAAGUAUGGUGUUGAGCUUUAUAUUACCGCACAACCAACCGUACUGAAAUGUACCAAAAAUGUCCUCCUCUGUUGCUUUUCCUUAACUUUUUUUCUUCUCUCUGUUUUUUCCAUGUGUCUUGUAUUUUUGAAACUUGUUCUCAGGGUCGAUUUCUUUGUCAUUUUUACUCCCAGAUUUAUUUAUUCAUGACUGAUGACUAGAAGAUUUGCAGUCAGUGCUGAAUAAUAAAUUGGCUUCUUUUAUUUUCUCUAACACACUGCUGCACUCCUGUAUUCUCUCUGCUCUGCAGUUUUGUUUCCAUCUGCGUUUUUCCCUUUCCAGACAGCUCACCACAGACAUGAUGCAUUUCACACCAGACAGAAGUUGCUUGGUUAUGCUUGUAACAUUUUUGCAUGGCUGUCACUCUGGAAGAAGUAGAGAAGUGUCAUUAGAUGUUCCCUGGUGUCGAUUACUGAACAGGCUGAACAAAUAUAAAUUUGUUUAAAUAACCAGUCAAAUUAUGUUUUGUUUUCUAAGUGAAUGCAAGUUAUACACCCACUGCAGAGAGCACUUAAAUAUGGCGUUUUUCUGCACAGUUUAACAGGUUAGAAAAAAUGAAAUAUAAAACGUGCUGGAACUUUUGUUCGGGUCACAUAUUAUGUUUGAAUUUUUCCAAUUUGUUAAAUUCAGUAAAUUAGCAGUAUUCAAUAAAUAACAGUAUUCAAAUGUG